AUUUAAUGAAAUGUAUAUUUUAUUAAAUUCCCAUAAAGUAUAUAUAAUUAAAAUAAUGCCACGUAAAUCUUUCUCCGCCGUUCGAUAAUCAAAUACUUUCUUGAUUAAAAAUGUAUUCAGAAAAUGUUAAACCAACAUUUAUCUAUAAACAAAGAGAGCCUCAUAUGUGUAAAAAUCUUCUUCUUAUCUUUCUUUCUUUCUUAAUAGAGUCUUUAAUUUUUACUCAAUUAGCUUUGGUAAUUUGUGAAAAAAACAACCAAUGAGAGAAGAGCAGUUUGACUGGCCACAUAGCCAAUGAAAUUAGCCAAUGGGAAAGAGAUAUAGAGACCUCGUAAGAACCGCCUCCUUUGCCAUUUGUAUCAUCUCUCUAUAAAACCACUCAACCAUCAACCUUUCUUUACAUGCAACAAAUCACUCAAAUAAUUAUUUUAUAAAGAACAAAAAAAAAAAGACGGCAGGGAAACAAUGGAACGUGGAGCUUCCUUCUCUCACUAUCAGCUACCCAAAUCCAUCUCUGAUUUUCUCUCUGCUUUUCACAAUCGUCGUCUCAAUUUUUUCCUGCAAAAUUCCGAUCGCCAUGGAUGAUGGAGCUGUUGAGAUACGUGAAGAGCAACGUCGAUUGAUCGUGGCCCAGCAGCAACCACCAUGUAUGGCUCGUGAACAAGACCAGUACAUGCCAAUCGCAAACGUCAUAAGAAUCAUGCGUAAAAUCUUACCGUCGCACGCUAAAAUCUCUGACGACGCCAAAGAAACGAUUCAAGAAUGUGUCUCCGAGUACAUAAGCUUCGUGACCGGUGAAGCCAACGAGCGUUGCCAACGUGAGCAACGUAAGACCAUAACUGCUGAAGAUAUCCUUUGGGCUAUGAGCAAGCUUGGGUUCGAUAACUACGUGGAUCCCCUCACCGUGUUUAUUAACCGGUACCGUGAGAUAGAGACCGAUCGUGGGUCGGCACUUAGAGGUGAGCCACCGUCGUUGAGACAGGCCUAUGGAGGAAAUGGUAUUGGGUUUCACGGCCCACCACAUGGCCCAUCUCAUGGCCUACCUCCUCCUGGUCCUUAUGGUUAUGGUAUGUUGGACCAAUCCAUGGUUAUGGGAGAUGGUCGGUUCUACCAAAACGGGUCGUCGGGUCAGGACGAAUCAAGUGCUGGUGGUGGCUAUUCGUCUUCCAUUAACGGAAUGCCGGCGUAUGACCAAUAUGGUCAGUAUAAGUGAAGAUGGAAUUAUUCUUCAUUUUUAUGUAUAUCGAUUCAAAACAUGUGUUUGAAUAGAUAUUUUAUCUUUGUAUUAUCAAUAACAUUUCUAUAUAUAAUGUUGCUCCUUUUAAGGAAAAGUGUUGAGUUUCAAUACUUUUCGAGAACUGAUUUAUAUAUGCAAAUGAAAAAGUGUUUUUGGAUGAAA